AAAUAAGGACCAAGUUGAAUCAGAACUCUACUACCGAACAACUUUCUGAACAGUCCCAAUAAUAUCGUUUUCCCAUUCGAACUAUUUGGAUUUGGACAUUUGAUUCGGUUGCCAUCCUUUCACGCUUAGCUCGAACCCCAAUCGAACUCUCGAGCAAGCUUACGGCUUAAUCGAAGCAUGGCCGACGAAAACGUUGUUGACCCGCCCGCCCUAUUCGGCAUGCGAACAAAUGCCAAGCGUAGACACACGAACCUUCUGCGGCAAGCAAGAGAGUUAAUAAACAUCAACGCCACGCGAGAAGAAUUCGAAGCAUUUAUGCCAACUCUCGAACUGGCACACAGUAAUCUCGUUCACAUUCACGAACGAUACGUGGCCGCCGCACAACAUGACGAUGGUGAACUGCACGCAGCAGCCACCUACUUAGAAAGCAUCAACAAUCUGCAAGCCGCAUGUGCUCAAGCAGUCGCUGCCGCCUUACGAAGAACAGCCCCUCGACGCGCAUGGAACAUUUCCAACACCGUGGCCCGUGAGCUCAGUCAAAAUGUAUCAAUUCCUCAACCUAAUCAAGAGAUCGACGUUGUGAGCAUCGUACCAGAGCCGCAACAGCCAAACGGCCCACCACAGCCGAACCAAGACGAUCGAUCGAACGACACGCAGCACGACACCUUAAAUCACGUAAAUUUCGACCUUCACACAGCAGCAAAACAACGCAAAAUCGAUCUUGAAUUUCAAUUGAAGCAAGCAAAAAUAAAACAGGAUCGUGAACUCAAAGAUCUAGAGCUCAAAAACGCGCGGGAACGAGAAGACCUGGAACUUGAAAUUCAGUACGAAAAUCACUUGAUCGAGAGCUGUGGUGGUGCAAUUGGAUCACCGCAAUUAUCGUCCACACCCAACUUACCAAGCAACGUCCCGAUGAAUGAUUUGGUUAACCUUCCGCUUCUGCCAGCUGUCGUUAACUCGAUUCAACCGACGCAACCUAAUUUUGCCCCGUCGCAUCAUUGGCUGAAGCUAGACGUGGCAAAAUUCAAUGGAGACCCCCGUAAAUGGCUUAAAUACGCCCACGGUAUAAGAGCAACGAUCCGAGAUGUAAAUAUGCCCGAAUCGCUGAAACUUCUGGUGCUUCAAGAAAGUUUGAAGGAAGACAUCCAGCGUCGUGUCGCUCAUAUUUUCACGGGUGCGUACACUUUUCAAUCGGCUUGGGCUGAGCUAGAAAAAAAAUAUGGAAGCCCGCACCUUAUCAUACAAGCACACGAUCAGCAUAUGCAGCAGCUCCUUUCAUUCAGAAACUGGGACUUUAACGCACUCUUUAAUUUGGCCGCUGCAGUACGCGACGCCGUGUCAAGCGUAGAUGAAAGCCACGUCAUGAUGUUCAACACCGUCGCCAACUUACUUCAUACCAAAUUGCCAAUCAACUUACAAACAGACUGGGGAAAAUAUGCUUAUGGUUUAGACAGAAUGGCCACCUUAAAAGAUUUCGACAAAUGGAUCGAUCGCGUGCUCAGCGCUGAAGAACUUCGUGGCGGAAAGCUAUCGUCAUCCAACGCAAUAAACGCUGUUAAAAACCCCGUUCAGCCUUCAAAUAGCAACCAUCAGUUGGGAAGCUACACACCCGGAAGCAGCAACUACAAUAACCGCGGACCGACCGUUCUCGCAGGAUCCUUAUCAAACGUUAUAACCCUUUCUGACUGCCCGGCCUGCCAAGAAAGUCCGGCCCACAGGUUAGAGAUGUGCAACGUGUUUAAACGAAUGUUGGUGAAUGCCCGCGCAUCGCUAUGUGCAACCAACAAUCACUGCUCAAGUGUCUCAUCCGCGGCCACUAUGGACGGAAAUGCAACUCAACUGAAUCGAAAUGCAAGGAGUGGCAGGGCCCGCAUCAUUCGCUGCUUCACGGAGCCGAACGACAGUUUCCCUCCUCAUCGCGAAACCAAGGUAAAAACCAUACUAUAUUAA